AAUUGCAUUACUCCACAUCUUUUGUCCAUACAUCAUCCACCAGAUGAUAAGGAUUAAUAGACAUCACUAUAGAGGGUUUGUUUUUCCUUCUCCCAUGUUUCUCCCUGUUGUUGUUACGGCCCCUCCUUCCUCGGUUGCUAUAGAGCCACAUGUACAGUCAGCAUCUUCCCUCAGGCUCUGGAGAUCCAGCAAACAUGGCAUCACGCAGACCCUGCUCUCCAGCCCCAGGUCUCCCCCAUAGCAACGCCCUCGCUCUUCUCAUGGACAUACAGCACAAGAAAUUUGUCCUUCACAGACUGUUUUUAGUAGCCAAGAGGUCCCCAGACCAAGUCGAUCCCAGGGAUAUAACAGAACACUAUGAAGCGCUGUUCCAUGCGAUGGUCAAAUCCCGCCUUGCAGAACCAGUGUCCGGCUUGCUGCUGAUUUACCCUCACUGCACCGUCCAUAUUAUAGAGUCAUCUAGUGAAGCUCUGUAUGCGAUUAUUCAAGACCUUGAGCAAAUGGAGCAGCCUGGAGUCCACUCACUUCUGCAGGACUCCAAGAUCCUUGUAAUGUCACGUGACAUCCCCGGUCGGCUGUUCCUGCAAUGGAAUUUUCUCGUUGUCAACCUGCCCAUGACUUACCUGGACAACAUUGCACUGAAUAAAACACUGCUGACCCUGCUGGAAGAGGGUCUCUCGCUACUGCUGAAGCUGGCCGUGUAUUUGUCCAACGCCCAGACGAACAACAACACGAGCCAAGAUGUGGACAGGGACAUGCAGCAACUUUUGGUCAGAGAGGAAAUAGUCAGUGCGCUCCUCCAUUCCCCUGAUCUGCAGACUCCAGCUGAGUUCCUCCAGCUGUUCAGCAGCCCUUUCCAUAUCUCCAAUGAGACGGAUCAAGUGUGGCCAAUGGCUGAGCAUUCCCAUCUGUAGCAGAAGAGAAGCUCUUGUUUCCUGACCUUGAGUUGGCCAAGUUGAUCAAUGAAAUGCCCCAGCCAUGUGGUAGCCAAUGAAUAUCUCUGCACUGUAAAUUAAAAAAAAAAAAUUGUUAAAUGUG